AAACCGUUCAUUCCAUGCCAACAACGGAGCCUCUACCUAACCUGGAAAUACAAACUCACUAACAAGCGAGUUAUCCGUGCAACGCUGCCAGGUGAGCAUUCACUGUCACCUUUGGUUCGCCUACAUUUGGGAUACUUUUGAGAACAACUUCUUGUCUUUUACUUCUGUACAGGCCAGAAAGGUUCUAUGUUAUUCAAGGUCACUGUCAUUGUGAAUAUCAAACUAAUCUUAGACACAAGAAGAGUAGCCAACGAGGAAGAGCCAGUACAGGAGUAUGGUGAGUCUUGAACAUUCUUCCACCAUUUGUUUCACACAUUUCCAUUGUGCAUAUCAAAAGUUGUUCCUCACUAGCUAUAGCCUUAAGAAGUUGAUGACAUAUGAAAAUCAUACAGCUGAGCAAUGUUAUGCACAGUCUUAGUCAACUUAUAAAACAGGUUUCCACAAUUCAAAAUGGCUGACCUCCUCUCUGUUCCCUUCCAGACGACGCCCUGCCCACAUGGAGACCCUGCGCAAGCUGGCAAGCGGUAGGAAGAUUCUGGACAUCGAGGUGUACUCCAGCCACUCCAAGGUCUACGUGGCAGUGGACUCUACAUGGCAGUGGACUCUACAUGGCAGUGGACUCUACAUGGCAGUGGACUCUACAUGGCAGUGGACUCUACAUGGCAGUGGACUCUACGUGGCAGUGGACUCUACGUGGCAGUGGACUCUACGUGGCAGUGGACUCUACGUGGCAGUGGACUCUACAUGGGCAGUGGACUCUACAUGGCAGUGGACUCUACGUGGCCGUGGACUCUACAUGCAGUGGACUCUACGUGGCAGUGGACUCUACGGUGGCAGUGGACUCUACGUGGCAGUGGACUCUACGUGGCAGUGGACUCUACGUGGCAGUGGACUCUACGUGGCAGUGGACUCUACGUGGCAGUGGACUCUACGUGGCAGUGGACUCUACGUGGCAGUGGACUCUACGUGGCAGUGGACUCUACGUGGCAGUGGACUCUACGUGGCAGUGGACUCUACGUGGCAGUGGACUCUACGUGGCAGUGGACUCUACGUGGCAGUGGACUCACGUGGCAGUGGACUCUACGUGGCAGUGGACUCUACGUGGCAGUGGACUCUACGUGGCAGUGGACUCUACGUGGCAGUGGACUCUACGUGGCAGUGGACUCUACGUGGCAGUGGACUCUACGUGGCAGUGAACUCUACGUGGCAGUGGACUCUACAUGGCAGUGGACAGCACCACUGUAAGUAGGGAUUUCACUAUUCGGUUACCCUUUUUACACUACUGAGCCAAGCUGUACUGGGCUGGCCUAGUUACACAUCCACCAUAGUUCAUUCCAUUCAGUGCAUGUCUUGCGCUUAAAGUUGUUUGUGUGUGUGUACAGGAGCCCAUGGAUGUGGUGGAGCUGUUUGGACUGAAGGGGGUUCAACACACUCCCAUCAGCAUCAAGAAUGCCAGAGUAUCACAUGUGAGAUGUCGGUCAGCCAACACACUCCUCACCCUCCGAGCAGCCGCCAUCAGAGACACAGACCAACUGAAACACUGUCAUUAGUCAACUAGAAAUAACUUAUUUUCUCUAUGAGACGGACUGUUUCAGCAAAGCAGCAAUAUCAUAAGGACUGGUUUAUAUAACAUGAACUCCUGUCAGACACCAACCAACAACACAAUUAAUGGCAAUGUUGUGUUGUAAUGCACAGUGUUUUGGUAUCACUCAACCACUCACUACCACCUCUUUCUCCUCUCUCAGCACUACAAAGCCAGUCUGACUGCAACCUUCAACCUACACCCAUUGAGUAUUUUCAUCUUUCCGUCUACCUCCACCUGGUUAUGUGGUUGUUAUGUGGUUGUUACAGUAUGUGGUUGUUAUGUGGUUGAUAUAUGGUUGAUUUGCAGGAUACCAACUUUGCCAUAGGCCUGGAGGAAGACCUGGAUAUCUCCAUAGAUUUAUUCAGGUAAGAUGCCUAUAGUUUUAGAUUGAUGGAAGCUUUAACUAUACAACAUAUAGAGGGGUACAUAUAUAUAUGUAGAAUAUGUCCUCAAAAUAACUGUCUGUGUUUCUUCAAUCUCAGAGUAAAGAUAAUUGGAAGAUCUUCAAUGAGUUGAAUGUAGCCAAGCAUGUGCUUUAGUAUGAAUAAUACCAUGAAUGACCAGAAGGGGGCAGCAGAUCCACAUGCUUCCUGCUGUUGUAACUCACUGGGACACUCAUUCUCCAUUGUGUGCCCCAAGCCUUCAAUGUAUUUACUGUUGAACAGGUACUACUUCUCCAGUUGUGCUCUCUGUCCUCUAUAAACUAAUGACAUCAAAUGCUUUAGAAACAUUUGGACGAUUGGGCCGACUGAUUUCAAUGCGUGUUUACCCUCGCAAACAUGCCCUUUUGAAAUGACAUUUAGCCAAUCAACUAGGAAUCAGACAAAUCAAAGCUGUGUACAAACAGGGAAAGACCAGCAAGAACUGGUAGAGGUAGAUAGCCAAGUUCAAUUGUCACCUUACAGGAAUGGAAUGUAUUAUAGUAGAGUAACAUAGUCUUGAAUUAACUUUAAAGAUUUCCAGCAUGAAAUUAAGCUAUCCAAGUAUUGUUGGUGAACUGAUGCUGUUCUGGUGGUGACAUCAUGUUUAUUGUUGUUGAUGCUGUCCAGUUUCCUGAGCCAGACCUGAACGAGGAUGACAGCCUGUACUGCAUCUCAGCCUGGAACGACCAGGUCAGUCCGUGUCCUGUCUCCACCUCUCACUUUAACACCUCUACACCCUUAAACACUUUCCCUUCGUUGCUGUAAUGUGUGGAAAUUAUGUGCUUAUGUAAAAUCUGUUGUAAUUCUGCUGUGCAGGAUUAUGAGCACACAGCAGAGGAACCCGCCCUGCUCUACAGUGGAGAGUGUGCUUAUGUAGUGUAUGUGUUACAACAGGGCUAUGAACACAGCGGAGGACCCGGCUCUGCUCCACAGAGUGGCCUUGGCUGGGUGCUGAAGAAGAGCCUCUACAAGUAUGACCUGACGCCUGAGAAGGUGUGGGUGUUUCUAUCACUCAAUAUUCAUUGUGUAAUGAUAACAUGUGUGUUUCUGAAACUAAUAUUUUUUCAGUGUCUGUGUAGCUGUGGGACUGGGACAUGUGGAUGCGUAUGCCAGAGCAGAGGAAAGGCAGAGAGUGUAUCAUCCUUAACGUGUCCUGCUCCUACCACAUUGGCAUCAUCGAGCUCAACAUGAACGGCUAAUUCCACGUAAGGCCCUCUUCUUCACUACUAGCACAGGGUCAAUCAUAAAGCCCAUUGUCUUACCUUCAGAGCGCGACGACUCUGUCUGCGCUGAUGGCAACGGGGUCGAGUUAGGAUGAUGCCAUCUGUCGGAAGACAAUGUUAUAUAGCCUGAACGGACUGUAUUAAAGGCUGAUUGUGUUAGUCUUACCUGUCCGAGUGUUUCAUCCCCUAUAGGAAGUGUAUUUCAAGAAGCCCAGGCUCAACACGGUACCUAACGUCCAGAUGAAGAAUGUAGAUGGCUCGAAAAAAGAUGCCUAUGAGCUGGAGAUUGGGAACUUACUGAAGUGAGUGAGAAUGUAUCUGAUGUACACUACCGGUCCAAAGUUUUAGAACACCUACUCAUUCAAGGGUUUUUCAUUUUUUAAAACUAUUUUCUGCAUUGUAGAAUAAUAGUGAAGACAUCAAAACUAUGAAAUAACACAUAUGGAAUCAUGUAGUAACCAAAAAAGUGUUAAACAAAUCAAUGUGUGUCUAAUAUAACUGUUAUUCUGUCUGUUGUGCUCAGGGAGGCUGAGGUGGGAUGUCUAAUAUAACUGUUAUUCUGUCUGUUGUGCUCAGGGAGGCUGAGGUGCUGGGCCACAAUAAGAACCCAUGUGAGGACUCAUCCCUGAUGCAGAGGGGAAGACCUACGUCAUGUACGUCAAGACAGAGCUGGAGACUGAUACCUUCACCUGGACUGAGCUCGCCA